AUGGGGUUUGAUUCGACCGUCACCCCCAAAGAACUCGUUGAGGCCGUCGCACGAGGAGGUGGAUGCGCGGAGGAACAGGUGCGGAUCAAAACAAUCCGCACCACUCCCGCAGGCAGAAGCGCGUGCUGGGCCCAGUGCCCUUUGGCUGCGGCCAGAAAACUGGGCAUGGCAAAACGCGUUCAGGUGGGCGAGUGGUUCUCGGUCUCGGUCGAAGUGCUGCUACCUCGCCGACUGAGGUGCCACAGAUGUCUCUGCACGGGUCACGUGCGGAGGCACUGUUCUUCAGCAGUGGACUGCAGCGGCUUGUGUUACCGUUGCGGUGCCCCAGGUCACGGGACGCGGGCAUGCUCGGCCAAAGAGCCGAGAUGCCCGCUGUGCUCGAACCUGAAGGUCCGGGCAAACCACAGGCUGGGGGGGGCCAGCGUGCCACCCCAAGCUUGA